AUGACUCUGCCAUCUAUCCCCCGGCUUGAUCCCGCUGCUUUCCGCUGGCAAUCAUCGCCAGAUGAUCCCCGCGCAGUGCAGCGUCUGGCACUUGGCACCGAAGCCUGGGUUGGCUUGCGUGAACCCAACUCGCGCGGACAAUAUGACAAUUACCUUAACACCACGCUCCGUGUUGAGGCUCCUGGGCUGUCUCUAGCACACCUUGAUAGAAAUAUUGUGUCCGCUCUUACACACAUCCGAUUUCAUCACCCUGAGGUGGCCUGCACUGCCGUUUGGAACUCCGGGGACAAUGGGCCGCCUCACAUCAAGUAUAUUCCACCAACAUCUGCCGCCGCUGCGAGUCAGUGGGCACGCGAUGCUGUGACUGUCAGGAUUACACCCCUGACCGGACUGCAAGUUGCGGCCGAAGUCGCUAGACUGCGUUAUACGAGUACCGAACCGCGGUCGAUCCCAUCGCUCACUAUUUCUGUGGUGGCGAGCGUCUCAGGUGAGGAGGAACCGUUAGAGAAAGGAACUCGUGUUGAUAUUCUCUGUCACUUCAAUCACAUCUUUUGGGACGGCAUCAGCUCGCGUGUCCUCAUGGGCGACUUGCUUCGCCGCCUUGGAGAACAAUUAAACGCUGCCGAUGAUGAGCUGGCGGCGAGCCACUAUGCCUGGGGUACGGAGACUGCCAUGCUGAGCGAACCUGUUCUGGACGCUUGUAGAGUGGACGUCGGCACUCUCGGCGAUAGCUUUGAGAAGACACGAGAUGAAUUCAUCUUGAGUCUUAUCAACAGUGGAUCCAGCUGGGGCCUCCCUGUCACUAAUACGGUAGGUGAACCGCGCACGAUUUGGCACUCCUUUACACCUGAAGAGAGUCAAACAAUGAAGGCGACGGUCAAGUCACGACUUGGACAAGGCUUCACUCUUACUCACCUGGGUCAUGCGGCCAUGGUUCUCGCCCUCUUGCAGGUGUGCCCUCUCCCACUGGACGUCCCUGAGUCUGUUGCGCUCGCCUCGCCGCUUCCGGUCAAUGGUCGACGCUACCUGCGACAAGAGCACGCAGAAAGACGGUACGGAUCGUGUCAAGCUGGGGCAUUUGUUCAGUUUGCACCGUUACGUGCCUGGGCUAUCGAUAAUGGCGAUACAGAGGCUGUUAGGACUGCGCUUGAGAAUCUCUGCCGACACACGAAGGAUGGAUACGACUAUUGGCUCAAAAAUGAAUUCCAACUAGCUGUGGAUCAGGCAAAGGGAAACUUCCUUGCAGCAGCACUUGCAUCGUUUCCUGUCCGCAGAGCGCCGCCAUCAUUCUCGCCUUCUAGCUUUCCGGUCUUCGCAAGCGACGGUAUUGUGGACCAGUAUUUGCCUGGAGAGGUGACUGGCACAUGUGGCAUGAAGCUGUUUACCGUGGAAAGCUGCUUGUUUCAUCUUGACACUUAUCAAUCAGACGUUCUCAUACGAAUGGAGAGCUUCAAAGGUGUCACGAGUCUAUCAAUCUGCUUCAAUGAUGGCCGUUUGAACGUUACUUUGGCAAAGGAAUUUCUCAAGUCUGUUGCUGAUUUCAUGUUGAAAUUUGGCUAA